UGGCUGGGAGAAGGCUGUGUGAGCGCGCGUUUCUGCUCCGGGUGUGUGUAUGCGUGCACCCUAGCUAGGAGCAGAGAGGGUGUGCAUGGGUGUACACCCUGGCUAUGGGGAAUGGAGCUCCUCAAGUGUGCAGUCCGUGUCUGUGCACACAGUGUGUGCCUGCGUGUGCCUCUGAUUGUCUCCACAGCUCACUCCAUGCUGUGCCGAGCUCCCGGCCCGCUGCUGUUCCCUUUGCACAGCGCACACAUCCGCAGACACACACCAACACCCACCACCACCAGCAGCCACCACAUCACAUGCAGUCGGAGGGAGAUUACACUGGGGCGAGAGGAGCUUUUCCUUUUUUUCUCAGCCUGCAAUCCUAGCCGCUCGCUGCACUGAUUUUUUUAGAGGAUGGCUUUCCCUUUUUUUGUCCUCCCUCAGCCCCCUCCGCCCCGGGGGGGAUGGUGAUUUGGAGGAGUCAGGAAUACAGAGCAAAUAAUCAGCAUCAGAAAAGAAGCCACCAAAACAAACCUCUCCCCUCUGCGCGGGGUUGUCAACAGAGCACUUGCACAGGAAAUCGGAGACCGGCCCCUGGAAGAAAGAGGGAAUCCCUGAGCCUUUUGUGGUUCUCCAGCCCGUGUUUAUGCUGAACGUGGUGUGUUUGAAUAAGCUCCAGGAAUGGGGAGACCUGUCUAAAGAGGAUCCUGCUCGAAAAUUUGUAUUCUCCAAGCUCAUUCUCAUAAAGACUUUGGCUUCACAGCUGCAUCCGUUUCAGAAUGGCAGAGAACGCUCCACCAGAGAUGAACAGGAAGUCUUCAAGGUCUACCCUUUCCCUCCCACCAGAACCAGUGGAGAUCAUUAGGAGCAAAACUUGCUCAAGGAGAGUUAAAAUAAAUGUAGGCGGGCUCAAUCAUGAAGUUCUAUGGAGGACUUUGGACAGACUCCCAAGGACUCGAUUAGGAAAGCUCAGAGACUGCAAUACUCAUGAUUCUCUGCUGGAAGUGUGUGAUGACUAUAACCUAAAUGAGAAUGAAUAUUUCUUUGAUCGACACCCAGGGGCUUUCACCUCCAUUUUGAAUUUCUACAGGACAGGGAAGCUACACAUGAUGGAAGAAAUGUGUGCUCUCUCUUUUGGCCAAGAGCUUGAUUUCUGGGGGAUUGAUGAGAUAUAUUUAGAAUCUUGCUGCCAGGCAAGGUAUCAUCAGAAGAAAGAACAAAUGAAUGAGGAACUGAGGAGAGAGGCAGAGACAAUGCGUGAGAGAGAAGGGGAAGAGUUUGAUAAUACUUGUUGCCCAGAUAAAAGGAAGAAACUCUGGGACUUGCUAGAGAAACCCAACUCAUCAGUGGCUGCAAAGAUUUUGGCCAUUGUAUCCAUUCUAUUCAUCGUUCUGUCAACCAUUGCUUUGUCUCUCAACACACUACCUGAGCUUCAAGAAAUAGAUGAAUUUGGACAACCAAAUGACAACCCCCAGUUAGCACAUGUUGAAGCUGUGUGUAUUGCUUGGUUUACUAUGGAGUACCUUCUGCGUUUCCUGUCCUCACCAAAUAAGUGGAAGUUCUUCAAAGGUCCAUUAAAUGUGAUUGAUUUACUGGCCAUUUUGCCAUAUUAUGUCACCAUUUUCCUCACAGAGUCCAACAAAAGUGUGCUGCAGUUCCAAAACGUCAGGCGUGUGGUUCAGAUAUUUCGUAUUAUGAGGAUACUAAGGAUCCUUAAACUUGCCAGGCAUUCAACAGGCCUUCAGUCUUUAGGUUUCACUCUCAGGCGGAGUUACAAUGAAUUGGGUUUGUUGAUAUUAUUUUUAGCAAUGGGAAUAAUGAUCUUUUCCAGCCUUGUGUUUUUUGCUGAAAAGGAUGAAGAUGCUACAAAGUUUACCAGUAUCCCUGCAUCCUUUUGGUGGGCUACCAUCACUAUGACCACUGUAGGAUAUGGUGACAUUUAUCCUAAGACUCUACUCGGAAAAAUAGUUGGAGGACUGUGUUGCAUUGCUGGAGUGCUGGUAAUCGCCCUGCCCAUACCAAUCAUUGUGAAUAACUUCUCUGAGUUUUACAAGGAGCAAAAACGGCAGGAAAAGGCCAUUAAAAGAAGAGAGGCCCUUGAGCGAGCUAAAAGAAAUGGAAGCAUUGUCUCCAUGAACCUGAAAGAUGCUUUUGCACGCAGUAUGGAACUCAUUGACGUAGCAGUGGACACAGGAAAGCCUGGCAAUCCAGCCAGUUCAAAGGAUACACCUGAUGAUAAUCACCUAUCUCCGAGCAGGUGGAAGUGGGCCAGAAGGACAAUGUCUGAAACAAGUUCAAAUAAGUCUUUUGAGAACAAAUAUCAGGAAGUUAGUCAGCAGGGCUCCCAUGAGCAAUUGAAUAAUGCUGCUGCUGCUGCGUCCAGCCCACAACACCUGAGUGCUCAAAAACUAGAGAUGUUAUAUAAUGAAAUUACUAAAACUCAGUCUCAGCUUAAUCUUAAUGCUGGCUACCAAGAUCAGCCAGCAAAACCACUUGAGUAUGAGGAAGAAAUAGAAAUGGAAGAGGUCCCUGGGCAGAGAGAUCAGCUGCCAGCUGGACAUACAGAUGUAAUAACAGACAUGAGAAGCACAUCUAGUAUUGAUAGCUUCACCAGUUGUGCAACUGACUUCACAGAAACAGAAAGGUCACCCCUUCCUCCUUACCUUGGCUCUCACCUGCAAAUGAGAUUCCCGAGUGACUCUGUUAAUCUAGAGGACAACCAACGAACAAAGAGUUCUCCAUUUGUAUCACUCACAAGAGAGAAAACGUUUGCCCCUAAAGAUGUCACUUUUGACUAUAAGCCAAUUGACACUGCUGCAAGCAACGAUGGUUGUGGCUCCCAAACUGUCCUGUAUGGUCACUUGCGUUUUGACAGUGCCAUGGAAAGCCCCAAAAGUUCUCUAAAAGGUAACAAUCCAUUAAAACCUAGAUCCCUUAAAGUUAACUUUAAGGAAAACAGAGGCAGUGCUCCACAAACUCCACCAAGCACUGUGAGGCCAUUGCCAGUAACAGCAGGAGCGGACUUUACACAGUCUACAUCUCAGCAUAUUAGCACCAUUCUUUUAGAAGAGAAUUCACCCCAAGGUGAAAGACCCAUCAUGCUGGGUGCUGAUGCCUCGACGCUUUGCCAGGGACCUCCUAAAAGAUCAUCCCCUCUGUUUCCCAAACAAAAGCUUUUCACUUUCCCUUCGAAGGAGAAGAGAAGCUUUACUGAAAUAGACACUGAAGAAGAAGAAGACUUCAUGGAGAUCACUGGUGUGAAACACGAAAAGCAGCAGGAUAUCAAAACAAAUUGCUUUGGGGACAAACACAGUGAUGGCACCCAUUUAACAGACGAGCCAAGAGUCAGCUCUUCUUCACCCAAAAGCAUGGGCCACAACUGUACUCAAGACAUUUACCAUGCUGGGAGUGAAGUAAAGAAGGGCAGUAACCAAGAAAGUUACAAAAUGGAAAACCAUUUAUUUGCCCCAGAAAUUCAUUCAAAUCCAGGAGAACCUGGUUAUUGUCCCACACGUGAAACCAGCAUGUGACUAGUCACAAAAGCAAUAAAAAAAACUCUUCUUAAAACCACAGUUAGCAAUGCCUGUGAACUAAAACAUGGAAGCCUCAAAACAAAAACAAAAAGAAGUGCAUAAAAUUGUUAUUUUUGCAUGGCAUGAAGAGUUGUUUAGUUUACGUACUGUUUAAGUAAAGAGUUCCAAGACUGCUUUUUGUAACAAACAAACAAAAGGGGAGAAAAAAAUGACUCAAGAACAGUGAGUAAAAUAAAGAGAGCUCUAUUAGGAGCCAGUAUUCUGCAAAGUCUGACAUUUUGAUCCUUUCACUUUAUGAUUGUAGACAGAUUUUAAACUCUGAACUUUUUUUUCUCUUGGUUACAAGGAGUUUUAGAAUUUGCACAUGAAAGGAUUAAAAAAGAAUGCAUGCAUUCAUAAUGAUGUGAAACAAGGUGCUUUGAGCUUGCAAAUUAAUAUAUUUGUAAAUAGUUUGGGGUCGGGGGGAGAGCUACUGUUUUCAAGGAUCUGUGGACAUCAAGUUUCCUGGGACACAGGUACUUCCUUCACAGCACAUUGCCUGGAGGAUUUGUACAGACUUAUGUUGCAAAAUUGCAACUUCUGCUUAAAGCAUCUCACAUAUCUUGCUUUCUGUUAAAAAGCUCAUGAGUAUAUCUGUUUAUUUAAGGGACUACAGUAUUUUUAGUUUAUCUGUGCUGUAAAUCAUUUUUUAUUUGCACAAACUUUGUUGUUGCAUUUGUAAUUUAAAUGAAGGAUUCUUGAGAAAAAGUAAAGAUUUAAUGACCAGAAUUGAAGCAUUUAAUAUUUUAUAAAAGCACUGCCAGAAUUUCCUAAUUUAUAACAAUGCCCCAUCAUCAAAUAAGAAUACAAACCAUACAGUUAUUGCCGUGGCAAUAAAUAGGGCCAAAUGGCCAUCAAGAAUGAAACAGUUUAUAUCCAAGGACUUCUCACUCUCAAAACAAUUCUUUUCAAUUCUUGUUUUUGCUGAAGAAUUUUUUUAUUUCUUUUGUUUUAUUUGAUGAUCUCCUGAGGGCCCUUUUUUAGCAUUUUCCCCCUUUAACUUACAGUUCUCUUUUCUCUUUAACUAUGAUGCCCAUGUUCCAGCUGGAGGUCAGAGGAGCAGUUAUCUUGAAGGCUGUUGCCAUUGCCACUCCAUGGAUCAACAGAAAAAAAGCAUUUAAUUAAAGGAAAAAUAUCAGCCACCCCAUUCCCCCCAAUGCCAAAGCAUCUUUAUUUUUAGGGUGUACUUGAGCUCUGUCUCAGCCUUGGAAAAGAAAGAUGCUGAACCCAAACCUAGCUUAUAAUGCACCCAUGAAGCUCCUGCAUGAAUGAAGCUAUUCAUUUUUUCUUAUCAAGUAACAAUAUUACAUGUACUAAAGAGACAAUAAAUCUUUGUAAAUACAUGCUUCAUCUAGUAGAUUUUUUCAGUUCAUAAAUCCCCAUAUGUCUGAUGAAUAAGCAGAUUCACAAUAAUGUAAACUAGCCAAUAUUUUUCCUUGUGAAAAACAAAUAAUUUCAUUUUGAUAUUUUCCUCUGACUACUUCAGAAAUAUAGAGCCUGAUUCCCUUCUUACUGACAGUGGUCUUGCUAUGGUGUAGGCCAGCUCCUUACCUGAGAUGAAGGAUUUUCCAGUGGUUAGGAAGGUAGCCUUGUACUUGAGAGACCCAGGUUCAAUACCUUGUUCUACUACAAACUUCCUGUGUGACUUUAGGCAAGUCACUUAGCCCCUCUGUAUCUCAGUUCCCCAUCUGUAAAAUGGGAAGAACAAUUCUCACAGGGGUAUUGUAAUAAAAAAUAUAUUAAAGCUUGUGAGGCUCUGACAUGCUGUGGUAAUGGGAGCCAUAAAAGUGCUUGAGGUAGAGAGCUGGUGUAAAUCAGCAUAGCUCUCUUUAUCUCAGUGGAGCUUGGCCAAUUUACGGAGGCUGAGGAUCCAGCCGUGUGCUUUCAUUCACUUAAACAGAGUUGCCCCUCUCUUAAGUGAGUGGGACAAUCCAGUCCAUGGUGUGCUUCUCUUAGAAGAGAGGACAUUUUUGUUACAAAGCUGCCUUCCCCAAAAGACUACAGAGCUGAUCAUGCAGAGCUUACUCAGGUCUCACCUAUGUAAGGGCUGCAAGAUAGAACCCCAAAUACCUGUUCAAUUGGCUGGACCAAAUAAUAAGCACAGCAUAGUUCCUUGGUUUAAAAUAGAAAAAUCUUUAAUUGUUGGUCUUUUAAAGACUUUUUUUUUUUUACCAGAAUGAGUCCAAGUGUUUCUUGUGUGAUUUGAAACCCUGGCAUACGAUAUCAUUUCUCCCAAUCAGUGUCUGGUCAUUACUUCUCAAAAUAAAAAUGCACUUUCUGUCCUUAGUUGCAGUCCAGAUAACUCUAUUGCUACAUAUAAUUUUACCUAUUUCUGAGGCACUCUGCUGAACACUUUUCAACCAUUUGUUUCACUGUUCUAAAAAUUAUCUCUUGAAUGUUUUCUAGUCGUUAAAUCUUCUAUAUUUAUUUGUAUUGUUUACUGGUAGAUAUUUUCAAUGACUAAGACUAAAUGCCAGUCCAUUUUAUAUGCCUAAAGUGUUGGUCGGUCCGUAUUUUCUAUGUACAGUUUUCUGAAAUCACACAAUCCUAUUUGAUCUGCCUUUAGGUUCUAGCCAACAAAAUUAAAACCAGGUUUCGUCCAAAUGGAGCCCAGUGCUUUAGUUUUAACCUAGGGAAAACUCCUAUUCAGGUUAAUGACUCUGUUCAGGCAACCCCCGCAGGUCUACGGUUCUGAUGCCACAACGUUCUCCACACAGGUGGACCUCUGAACAUGGUCAGAGCCCCUUUGAAGUCAGUGGCUUUCUGUACAGGAGCAGGAGUCUGACCAUAUGGCGCUCAUUGGAGUUUUAAUACUUAAAUCUCCCCUGAGUUAAAUCAGUCCUUUAUCAAGGCCUAAUUCUGCUCCUAGUAAAGUCAUUGAGAACUCAGAGUAACAGCCGUGUUAGUCUGUAUU